CAGCGACAAGAGUGCCGUCGUGCUGAAGGCGUUCAACAUCUCGUACUCUGACACCGGUCUGUUCGGUGCGUACUUUGCCGCCCCAGGACUGAAGAUUGAUGAUGUCUUCCAUGAGCUUCAGGCCGAGUGGAUGAAGGUAUGA